GUUUGUCAAAUCAGUCGACUCUCAAAUGUCUUAUAAACAUCACUAAAUAUAUUUUUGUUUUUUUUUUUUAAUUUGUGAGUGUGUAUAUAUAUUUUUUUUAUUUAUCAAUAGAGAUAAUUUGAAAAAUGGAAAAGGACGACAAUAUAACGAAGGAAGGACGAGAUAAUUUCAAUUCCACGGCUGAAUUAACAAGUAAUCCCGGGUUCCAAUCAUCACUGAGUAUAACAUCGAAAACCGAUGAAAAACUAUAUAAUCCUUUUGAACAUCGCAAUCUGGAGCAUCCUAAUACGGUUUUUGGAUCUAUUCUACAUCUUUUGAAAGCAUGCCUCGGCUCCGGGAUCCUGGCGAUGCCAGCUGCCUUCAAGAAUUGUGGUCUGAUAGCUGGCUCAAUAGGAACACUCUUGGCAGGUCUUGUUUGCAUUCACACAAUCCACAUAUUCGUUAAAGCAUCUCAAAAUAUUUGCAUCGACGCGAAGAAGCCUUCGAUGAGUUUUGCUGAAACUUGUGGCGCUGUGUUCACCUACGGUCCAAAAAGUGUACAAAGUUGGGGAGGAUUUGUCAAAACCCUAGUAGACUAUUCAAUGGCGUUAACAUACAUUAGUGUAUUGUGUGUUUAUAUUGUUUUCAUUGGAUCGUCCUUCAAAGAGGUAUUGGACGUAGCCCUGCCAGAGUACCAAUUGUCUAUACAGAUGUACUGCUUCAUGACCCUGCCGCUUCUACUCAUAAUCUGUCAGAUACGGAACCUCAAGUACUUGGUGCCAUUUUCAGCAAUCGCCAACAUUAUGAUUUUGGUGGUUUUUGCUAUUACUAUGUACUAUAUGUUCGUUGACCUCCCUCCAUUGAGUGAGAGGGAAAUGGUUGCUGAUAUUUCACAGUGGCCAUUAUUUUUAGGUAACACUGUGAUUUUUGCUAUGGAGGGAAUUGGCGUGGUGAUGCCAGUGGAAAACGAGAUGGCAAACCCGCAAAAGUUCCUCGGGUGCCCUGGAGUGCUGAAUAUUUCCAUGGUGAUCGUUAUAAUUCUGUAUGCCAUCUUCGGAUUCUUUGGCUAUCUUCAGUUUGGAGACGACGUUAAAGGCAGUAUCACAUUAAAUCUUCCCCAAAAUUCUAUUAUCGCAAAAAGUGCCACACUAUUGAUGGCGGUAGUCAUAUUCCUGUCCUUCGCACUACAAUUCUAUGUUCCUAUGGAGAUGAUCACGAGGCUUCUUAAAAAGAGAAAGUCAGACAGCUAUGAGAAUGUCAUACAAAUCGCCAUAAGAGUAACUAUUGUUACUAUCACUGUUGCCAUCGCAGCAGCAUUCCCGAAUCUAGAAUUGGUAAUCAGUUUCGUUGGAGCGGUAUUCUUUUCAACUCUCGGCCUUUUCAUUCCAGCGGUGGUCGACACUGUAUACCAUUGGGAUAGGGGUCUUGGGAAAUUCAAUUAUAUUCUUUGGAAGAAUGCUGUAAUAGCUGUAGUAUCAAUUAUUGCUUUAGUGUCGGGCGCUUACGUGUCUAUAGUUGGUAUGAUAGAUGAGUUUUCUGGUGAUCACGACAUCGGUCUUCUAAAUAAUACGUUAUCAUAUACGUAAUAAAGUAUUAUAUUGUUUAAAAUAGGUUAAUUUUAUUUUUAUAAAUAUAUAGAAGAGCAUAUUUUAAAUACACAGUCGGGACUUAAGGAGACAAAAACAUGUGAUUAUCUGUUUAAAGGAAGUAUGAAUACCGUAAUGCGAAUGCGGUAUGUAGGGUGGAUCUAGAUAAUGAUACUGACAAUAUGAGGGUACUCGUAUGCGAAAAGAUUGCGCGAGCUGUUAAACGAAGACGCCGCUCACUUCAGUCCUGUCGUGACCACGACGUGGUGCAGUCCACGUCGAAACGUUGGCAAUAAGGAGCAGGUAUGUAGGUACUAUUUACCUACAAAAGCUGUUUCCUCGCGUUAAAUUCCGAUUGCGUAUUUAAAAUAUGUUUAAAACAACUCGAAAGUUUGAAAUUAACUAUAUGCUAGAGCAGUUUUUAUUAUGUCCAUAUUUAUUAUUUUCCCUAAAAAUUUUAAUUGACUCUUGUUGGAUUGGAUUUAUUGGACCAUUCUGUACAUUCAAAUUAAGCAAGCUGUUUUGUUGCAAUGGUAAAAAAAGAAUUAUAUAUACCACUUUUAGAUAGACGCAUUAAGAUAAAACAUCCACCAGCUUUUAAGUUAAAUUUUCUAGGACAUAACCAAGAAAAUCACAUCCAGUUUGAUGCAGGAGUUUUUGCGUUACGACGAAACAAAAAUAUCUACACACUGAAAGACUUUCCUAGUGACAAUUUUAUUAUAUUAUAUUUAUUUAUUUAUUUAUUCAUUAUCACAAAUAUGUGUACAUGGCGGACUUAAUGCUGAAAGCAUUCUCUCCCAGUCAACCAUAGGAAAGUGUCAGAAUACUCGAAUGCGGUACUAGUAAUUAUUGAUAUACAUACAUACUAAUAUUACAUAUAUAAUCGAAUAAACAUAUAUGAAUAACAAAUAUAUUUACACAUAUAUGAUAUAUACUAUAUUAUACACGAAUUUGAGAAUAAUAUAAAGUACUUCUGCUCGGAUAAAGAUAAAAAGUGAGCGUGAACGCUUUUUUUGAAAGACGGUUUAGUCGGUAGUCUUUUAAUGGCGUCAUAAUUAUAAUUGUAUAUAUAAAUAAUAUAGAUUAAUUAACAUGUAUUAGUUAACUAGAUAAAUAGUUAAUUAUAAUAUAAUAUGCUCGUAUAAAAUUACCACCAUCACUCCGUCUUAAUUGUCAAUUAAAACUUGAUUGAGCUUAGUGCGAUUCCAUUGGAGCUUUAACCGAUUUACUGAUACUUGAAUAAUUUACGCGAAAUUUAGUCGCUAUCAAAAUUAAUUUUGACUUAAAUGUAUAAUUUAUUACUUAUGUCUGAUACGCCAGACGCUGUAGACUUCUAGGGUUUAUUUUGGUAAGAUAACCUUACACUGUCUAGCGUACCCGUUAUUUUUAUACACGAGUGCUGGAGUACUCCAUGUACCUUUAUAUGUAUAUACAAACAACUGUAAUUUAUUAUACAAAAAGCAAUUACUAAAACUAUAUUAUGAAUCUAUAGAUCUAUAUUAAUGACUUUAACUCAGCCAUAAAAUUAAUAUUUUAAUAUUAAUUUUAGCACACUCAGAGACUCAUAUCUGAUACUCUAAACCAGUGUUUCCAAACUUAUUUACGACGUGACCCCCUUAGUAUGUAAUAUUUUAUGACAUUGGUUUUUUAAAAGGGGGCUCUUGAAAAGGAGGGUAAAGAGGUUUCUUUAGAGUCGGCAACGUGCGCGUAAUACCUCUGGUAAUGCACGCGUUCAUAGACUACGGUAACCGCUUAACAUCAGGUGCGCCACAUUGUUUGCCACCUCAGUGGUAUAAAAAAAUAUAUCCUCCACAGUUCAUCAUCCUACCUGUAUGUAUUUUAUUAUAUUACAAAAAUAUACAUUUUAAUUUAUUUUAAUAGAUGUCGGUUAAAUACAAUAAAUAAUUUAUACUGAAGUAAAGCAGACAUUGAUUACGUUGCGAAACAUCUCCAUAGAAAAGAUUGGCUAGAUAAGCUAGGGUAGGUAGGCUAACAUAAAUGUUAUAUAUGUCUUAUAUUAUGGGAUUAUGCAAUAGAUUUAUAAAAAUUAUAAUUUGAAAGUGCUUGUAAACAAGUCUAUUUAAAAAAAGGAUGACUUCAAUUUGAAUUUGAUUCUUAUAAAAAUAUCUUUGUGAACGUUAUUUGUUUUCUUACGACUUCGCAACUUUCCGUAACCCCCUUAUAUAGGCUUAGGGACCUCCCAGUGAAUCGCGACCCACAGUUUGAAUAACACUGCUCUACCAAAUAAGUUACGCCCAUGGAAUUUUACUAUUUCUAUAUCUAGUUACUAGAUAAAAGACAUAAAGAUCUUUACUUACAAAACGCAACUUUGUUUGUGUACAGAUUUUUUGCUUUGCAAAUACUAUAAAAGACUAGGCGUAAAUAAAAUAAUAAUAAAAUAAAAUAGUAAUUUAUACCUGAAAUUCAUAGUCGUCCGUUUCUUCAUCAGAUAUGAAAAAAAUAUUUAGGAGAUUUAUUUCAUAUUCAUCAUAUAAAUCAUCAGUUAUGUUUAUUUAAUUCUUUAUCUCUCUUUAUUUUUUUUAUUUUAUGGUCCAGCUUUAUAGUCUAUAUAUAUAUAUAUAGAAUUUAUUUUCACGCCAAUCAUUUAACAACUGACAGCCAUCGAAACAAUAAUAAAAUUACAUCAUUAUCUGUGUAUAUAUACAAAAACAAUUUAAAAAUUGUUUAGUAUAAUAUUUACUUAUAUAGUAACUUCAUUAAAAUCUUUUGUAAAACAUUUCGUCAAAUAUUUACUAAAAAAAAAAUUAGGGAAGUCAUUCAUCAUCAUAUCAGCCUUAAACUGUCCACUGCUGAACAUAAGCCUCCCCUAGGAGGGUAUUGCCAGUAGUUGCCAGACUUGGCAGGCGGAUUGGAAACCACAGUUAGGUUUUGGAGAUGUUUUAAAAGAGACGCUGCUGCCCAUCCCUCGCGCACCCUUAAUCAGCUCCUACGACACCACAGGAAAGCAAGGGGUGAUAUAUUCUUUGCUGGGACCACACGAGACGUUAGAAGACUAUUUAUAAUUAAUUAUUAGUAUUAUAAUUAUUAUCUAAAUUAAUAUAAGAUAUUAUUUUGUUGUUUAUUGUUUUUUGUUUAUUGUCUAAAUUAUUAUAAAAUUGUUUUUAAUUAUUUAAUGAUAUAAAUGGGUUGUUACAUCAAUAAAAUAUAUAAUAAUACUUUGGCAGCUUGCGCUAAUUUAAAAUUAAUUACAAUAGUUUAGAAUAAUAGAUGCGUUUCCUAAAAAAAAAUAUUAAUAUUUAUAAAAAUAGCAAUAAUGACUUAUAUGUUGUAUUAUAUGUGUGCUGUAUUAUAGCUAUAACUUUAAUUUUGUAAAUAUUAAUUUAUU